CACUUGCAUGUUAGUGCUAGUCUUACUUGCAGGCAAAUACACGGGAAACAUAAACAAGGCAAGUUUUUGCCAAUUUUUCUCUUCAAAUCCCCAAAAAAUCAGGAAAAACAUUUAUAUUUUUAUUACUAAAGCAUUAACUCAUCGUCCUAAAGUUUUUUCUCAACGACUAUCAGUGUAAAAGUGGAGGAAAAUGAUUGAAAUCACUUGCAAUGACAGAUUAGGCAAAAAGGUGAGGGUGAAAUGUAAUCCGGAUGAUACUAUUGGAGAUUUGAAAAAGCUGAUUGCUGCCCAGACUGGAACAAAAUACGAUAAAAUUGUCCUCAAGAAGUGGUAUACAAUAUUCAAGGAUCACAUAAGACUAAUUGACUAUGAAAUUCAUGACGGUAUGAACCUAGAAUUGUACUAUCAAUAAAUAAUCAUAAAAAUAAAGCUGUGUAAUUUUGGAAUAAAAAUUUGGGAUUUAAACCUCGAAAA